AUUCCAGCAGGAAGAACAAUAUUAUUGAAGAACUUUAAUGUUUUGAGGUAUAAUGAUGAAACAAAGAAGCAAGAUAGUUUCCCUGUUGCUGUGUAUGUGAACUUAGAUACAGGAGAUGACAUGAAAGUUUUUAAUACAAAGCUUCAAACGGUAGUGAGAGAACAACUGACUGCGGAAGGACAUCCAUUACCUUCAGAAGUUACCAUAGCAUAUAAUUUUGAAACAAACUCAAUAGAUUUUAAAGUCAUCUCUGCAAAGAAGUCAGGUUUUACAUUUAAUGAAGCAGAUGUAUAUUCGAAUGAAAACUUCAAAGCUAUUGCAUGGUUAGAUAAUGACGAUUGCUUUAAGAAAAUAUUUAAAUACAGUGACUCAACGAUGUCAAUAGAUGACCUUCGUGGAAUGUUACCAUCGACGUUUACAGUAGAAGGUUCAGCAGGAUUGCUUACAAGAUUGUCAAUUGGUGGUAUUUGGUCUCGUGAGAACAUUGUUAUAAAAUCCAGUAUAAGUGAAUUUGCUGAAGAAUCUAUAUUAUGUCUUUCAAACUACAUGUAUUCGCCGCCGAAGCAUUAUAGUAUAACAAACUUUGUCAGUAAGUUUAACAUAAGACUUGUCGAACCUUCUUCAAUGAAAGAUGUUGUGCUACCUAAAGAUGGAAAGGAUGGACUCAUUAUUGAGAUGAUUUUAAUAGCAUAUUAA